AUGGAUCGGGAGGAGGGGCUGACGGCCGUGGACAAUGUGGUCACGAAGUUCAACACCUACGAGGAUUUCCUCGACUCGCAGAUCACGACGGUGGACCUGUACUACCUGGAGGACGAAAGCUUGGCCCGCCAGCUGGUGGAGCUCGGCUACCGAGGGACCGGGGAGAUAGUGACGAGGGAAGAUUUUGAAGCAAGGAAGGCAGCUAUAGAGACUGCAAGCCUGGCCGAAAGAACUCAGAAAAAGUAAGUGUCGGCCGGGCGCGGUGGCUCACGCCUGUCAUCCUAG